AUGAAGAAAAUAGUAAAAAUAUUAUAUACUUGAAUGUAUAAUAAUUAGGGUAAAUAAUAGACUAUGCUAUGACAUAAUCAACAUGAACUAAGUUAUUAAUUUACCAUGGUUUCUUGGUGGAGGCAUGAGGAACUUGAGUCAUCAGAAGGCCUGUUUGGAAUAGGUAGAGUGGGAUUCGAAUCUGAAGUUUCAUUUAGUAGGACAUCCUGUGCUUCCAGGUUCGGAUGAGACCGCAAAACGGUGUUACUGCUUAAGCCAGAGAAAACUGAUUCACCAGUGUCAAAAGCAUCAAAAUCACCAAAAUGUUCCACAGGAACAAGAAGAGAGGUUUGCAAAUCCACACUAUUUUCCAGUGUCUUUUCAUUAUCCGGACUGUCACUUGACUUCCAAGUAUCCUGAGCCUCCAGCGUUCGUUCACUAUAUGUCCACAAGUUGUUGCUGUCCGUUUUUCUAGGUUCACCGGAUGCCUCGUGUUGUGCUGAUCUCUCUCUCCGAUGUGAUCUGCUGCUACUCACGCCGUCUAGAUAUUGUGAGUGUGUUCGUCUGAUGUGAUACCAAAAAGAGUUGUAGACUCGGUACUCUUUAGUGCACCCAUCUAUUCCACAAACCAGACGGAAAUCUGGACUACGACUAUGUGCAGAAUUUAUGUGACUCAAUAAAGAUUUGAGAGUAAGAGCCACAAACACAUAACAAAUUAUGCAGCGCCAAAUCAUUUUCUCCGGUAAAAUCAAAGCAAGCUUUUGUAGCGACCUCAAAUAAAACAGAAGAGAUGUUGAGUUUAAAACUAAUGUCAAAUGUAUCUUUCAACGGUAACCAAUUAACUACGUUAAAGCCUUAAUAACUACUGUAACGUUCUUAACGUGCCAAAUUAAAAACGUACAACACAGGAAAUAAGAAAAACGCGCGAGCGUGCAUGCGCAACAGUGCGUCGAUCCUGUGACGUGUUAACGUUUUGAAAUACGCAUGCGCAAUCAGCGCGCAAAAGUGCAGCAAGGAAACGAAUGCACUUCCUCCCGCCAGUUUCUCACGAUGGACGGACUCGAUGAAGUUGCGAUUUGUACUCUAAAAGCUGCUAACAUUGGGGAAGACAUUUUACCAACUCUCACACGGGAUGAUAUACGAGAUCUCUUUCCUGGUCCUGAGCACUUCCUGCGACGCAAAGCCAUUUGGCUUAUUGUUCAUAAGGAAGAACAGGAGCACACCAUUCCUGUUGAACCCCAAGGUUCAUCAGCUGAUGAUGAACAUAAUGGAAGUCCAAAAAGAGAUGACCCCAGCACUUCAAAGUUUUUGAAGUUACCCAGCCCAGAAUACGUUCUCUUCACUGAUAGUGAACUACAACAUGUGAGACGUGCAUACUUCGAGCAGCAACGUCUUGGAAAAGAGGGUGAAGUCACCUUAUCAAAGGAGCUCUUCUGCCGACUCAUCCGAAAUACCAUGACAAAUAUGAUAUCUAUUGCAAGAGCCUCUUCAGAUGACUACAAAUAUCCCACUAAACAUGAAGUUAUUGCCAUGGCAAAGCGGUUAGUGGAAUACUACCCUAUGAUAAAAGAUAAGUCAACUGGAUCAAGUCAUGAGUGGGACACUGUUGCCAAAAAGCUCUUGAAGCGACUUUCAAAUAUCCGAAGUCCUGUGAAGGCCAAACACCCUCCAUCCAAGAGAGUACGUCUGAAUGAAGUACCAUCUGCUGCAGUGGCAAGUGACUAUGAUGCUGAUUCCAGUGCAUCAACAGUUCAUCUGUCACCACCUUCAAGAUCAAGCACCCCACAGCAAGAAAAUGACAGCAUUGAUGAAGCAUGUAUGUACAUUACCAUUUACAAGAAAAUUCACAAGUAUAGUAUUUGCACCGACGGUCCAGACAACAGCCUUGACAGCCAGAAAACACAGGCACGACAUUACAGGACUCUACAAGAAAUGUACAAAGCAAAGAAGCCAAACAAAGCUGCUGUAACUCAUCUAUUAGACCUGGAGUUCCAGUCCAGAAGAAAUUUCAUUGACUCAAAUGCUUUGAAGGAGCAAGACCGACCCACAAAAAUUUUACAGGCAUACCCGUGCUUCAAAGAACUGGACCAUGUAAUGGAUGAACUGCGGAGAGUCAUUGAGCCAAACAAUAGCCAAUACACUUCUGAGGUGAAAGGCAGGUGGGAGAACUUCUACUCCAAGGUUCAGUUUUAUGGCGUCAUGAAGAAAGUCAUGAAGCCUCCAAGGACAUUAAAUGGAGUUGAACAUGCCAUUGCAGUUUUUACUGCCCUGCCACUGCUCUUCCCAUCUGGCUCUGCAGCACCCAAGAAACUGGUCCCAAUCAGUGAGGCUCUUUUCCACGUCCUCACGCCCUCUGAGGAUCCUGAUACCUACAUCCACCGGCGUGUGCUUUCUAGUCCUGUCUUGCUGAUUGGUGAGCAGAACUGCAUUGUGGUUGUAGGUACAACUCCAGUUGUAACUUUUGAGAAAGAUUUGCUCUACGAGGGACCUCUCUACCUCCUGGCCUAUUACUAUGCAUUUCACCUGACAUAUCCCAAGUGUAUUGCCACACUCUUGUCUGUGUUACAAACACAAGUACUUGGAGAUGUCAUCCACGAGCAGGAUGCAACCUCCUCGUACAAGAAGGCCAUUCAUGAAUGGAAAAUGUUUGUUGAGUAAUUUCUUUUCUAACAUGUUGUAUGGCUAAGGCAGUGAGAGCCGCAGGUAUUUUUUUUUUUUUUUUUUUUUUUUGUUUUGCACUUUAAUUGUGCUAUUUUUUAGUUUCUCCCAGUUUUCAGUACUGUUUAUUGAAUUUGCCAUAAAUGCAAUACAUUCAUUGAGUAAUUGCUGUUUGAGGUUAUAGUGAAUGCAGGUUAUAGACUGAUGCUAUCUCUUUGUGCAGAACAUUUGCUGUUGAUGUGUGUGUGUGUGUGUGUGUGUGUGUGUGUGUGUGUGUGUGUGUGUGUGUGUGUGUGUGUGUGUGUGUGUAUGUAUGUAUGUGUGUGUGUAAAUGUGUCAGUUGAAUAGCCUUGGAAUCAGUUCAUCCUGCUUAUAUGCUCCAUUUGUUUAAGACGAGUUUUUUUAAUAAAUG